GCACACUCAGCAGAUUUUAAUUUAAGACUGAAAUUUUGGGAUUUGCAAGCUAGGAAGGAAGGAUCAUGGGGCCAGCUUCAUGGGUUGUUAACAGUUUUAUGACUUUUGCGGUGCUUCUCCUAUGUUCUGUUUCCAUCAGUGUUGCGGCUGCCGGGAAACAGGUACAGGGGGAAGGGCAGAAGCUGAGGUUUGGGCAGAAUGGGGAAUUUAAGAUACUGCAAGUGGCUGACAUGCACUAUGCUAAUGGGAAGAGGACGAGGUGUAAGAAUGUGCUGCCCGAUCAGGAUGCUGGUUGCUCUGAUCUCAAUACCACCGCUUUUGCCCAGCGGAUAAUUCUAGCCGAGAAGCCCGAUUUUAUUGUUUUCACUGGAGAUAACAUCUUUGCACAUGAUGCCACUAAUGCAACGAAAUCUUUGGAUGAUGCCUUUGCACCUGCGAUUGCAUCAAAAAUACCAUGGGCAGCUGUUUUGGGGAAUCAUGACCAGGAAGGCAACCUAUCAAGGGAGGGUGUCAUGAAACAUAUAGUUGGAUUGAAGAACACUAUGUCUCAAUUUAAUCCUCCAGAAGCACAUGUUAUUGAUGGUGUUGGUAACUAUAACCUGAAGGUUGGUGGAGUUAAGGGGUCUGGUUUUGAAAACAAGUCUGUUCUCAAUCUAUACUUCCUUGACAGUGGAGAUUACUCCACAGUUCCUUCCAUUGGUGGCUAUGGUUGGAUUAAGCUUUCUCAGCAGGUUUGGUUUCAACAAACUUCUGCAAAGCUUCAGAUUCCAUCUCAUUUCGUACUACGCUUCGUUGGUCUCAAGGCCGACAGCGUUGAAAACCCUUGCAAGCAUGGCGGUUUUCGAAGGGGCUUAUGUUCUCGACACGAAAUCAAGGGGUUUGGGUGCAGAACGAAGGCGACGGUCGCAGACACAAGGAUGGUGAUAGAGAAAAGUGAAGGGAAGAUGGUGAGCAUCUUUGAUUCGGAGGAGGAUCUGGCAGUGGCCCUCGUGAAAUACACCUCUGACCUAUCUGACAAGGUCUCCAAAACAAGGAGCUCGUUCACUGUCGAUCUUUGGUUGUCUCGCCACCGUUGUCACCACGAUAAAGACUCGAAGACAUGGGUUUUCAAACAUAGUGAAUGAUGAUCAACCUAAUCCUUCCUUUUCUUCUUUGGAAAUCGCAGACAAGUCAAGCUUUUCCCAUUUGUAUGAGGAAACGUUAGGGAUUCUUGAUUUUGAUUUUGUGGGUUGUUCUUAUUGUUUUCUGGUGAUGAGAUUUUUGCUAGCUAGACUUGUUAAGAAUCCCAAAUUUUGAUCUGAGUUUUUCAUCGGAGAAGAGGAGGAUGAAACCAAAUUAAAAGAAUUUAAUUUUU